CAGGGGGAGGUGUUCAGUACGUGCGCUAUUCCCGCACGCACCGGAGCGAGCGACUCCUCGACGUCGGGAAAUCCCUGCGCCGUCGCGAGCCCUAGUAACCAACCCUACCAUGUCGUCUCUGCUGCGCUCGCAGGCCAUCCGCCGCGCUCUCUUGGCCGCCUCAUCGGGAAGACCUCAGGGAGUUUCCUUCCUCCGCGCUGCCUCAGAGGCAGCCCCCGCUUUUAGCGGAGAAGGGGGGGCCACCGUCCGCCGCGGAAUUGGACUCCUGACCGUGCCGCGCCGCUACCUUUCCGGACAGAACGGCCAGCCUACUGCUCCUCCCCCAGAUCAGGCUGGUCAGGCGCUAGAGCAAGUUCAGCAAGUGGAGGAACUAGCUCAGCAAGUGGAGGAACUAGUUCAGAAGGAUGUUGAUACAUUUGUGGAGCUGUACAGAGAAAUGCGCAUUGGGGACCAUGGCUAUUUUGAGAGGCUUUUGAGUAACAGUGGGGUGCCCAAAAGCCCAUCUCGUGAUCGUUUCGUUUGGAGCUGUCAACUUGGAAUCAUAUUUGCUGGGUCUUGGAUGGCCGGUUACCUGAAAUCUGAGUGAACCUGCAUGUUAAAGGUUUGUGAGAAGAGACGUAGUUAAUUAACUGGCUUAGCUGUAUGUAUUUUUGACCGUGCUGAACGGAAUAGCCUAUGUUGAAUGUAUGUACUUUGGCAUUCUUCACUGCAACUGUCGUAGAAAUUCACGCUACUAUUACUACUAGUACUUAAUUUCAAUCUGUUCGGUGGCACACAGUUUAGAUGGCAAGGGUUGCGGGAUGUGGGCACACAGUUUUGCCUAAACCAGCUUUAA